GCACGUUUUCCAGACGCAAAAAAAAAUGCAAUUGGAAAUGCAUCUCACCGGGGUAAUGUAAGGACAUCUAUAUGUUCAGCAUGUGACGUCACGCGGUCGUAUAGGUUCAGAAACAUAGAUGUACGUCACCUGCAGGUCUGGUGCGCGCAAACUUAGAUGGAUUACUCGAACAUACAAUUUCUCUGGUGGUGCUGGCCAUAGCGCCAUGGCUCAGACCCUUCAGAUGGCGAUCCCAAACUUCGGCAACAAUGUCCUGGAGUGUUUGAACGAGCAGCGGCUGCAGGGGCUGUACUGCGACGUGUCCGUGGUGGUGAAAGGCCACACCUUUAAAGCCCACCGCGCCGUGCUGGCGGCCAGCAGCUCCUACUUCCGUGACCUUUUCAACAGCAGUGCGGGCAGCAAAACCCCUACGGUGGUGGAGUUGCCCCCGGCCGUACAGCCGCAGAGCUUUCAGCAGAUCCUGGCCUUCUGCUACACCGGCCGCCUCAGCAUGAACGUCGGAGACCAGUUUCUGCUCAUGUACACGGCCGGCUUCCUCCAGAUCCAGCAGAUUAUGGAAAAGGGCACGGAGUUCUUCUUGAAGGUCAGCUCGCCCAGCUGUGACUCACAGGGCCUCCAUACUGAAGAAACCCCUCCGUCGGAGCCUCAGAGCCCUGUUACCCAGACGGCGGCGGGUGCUGCGGCUAACGCCGGAGGCGGGGUGGUGGCUACGACAGCCAGUCGACCCACUUCCUGCUUGACCCCGUUGCCCCUCGUCUCUCGGGUGAAGACUGAGCAGCCGGAGGCCUCGCCGUAUUCGGUGGUUUGCACGCCGGUGGCCAAGCGGCUUUGGGAAGGAGGCAAUCGGGAAGGUGGCGGAGGCUCAGGGGCAGCCGGCGGAGGAGGGAUGAGGAAGGCAGCUCGUUUUUCCCAAGAAAUGGCACGUGGAAGCGCUAUUCAGCAGCAAGGUAGCAUGGGACUUGGUAUGGGUCUUGGAAUGGGCACAGGGGGGCACGGUGGAGGCGGAAGCACCAAUGGCAACGGCACGAGCAGUGCCACCCCUGAAGGCACCAGCCCCGGUACUUUGAGUGCCUAUGCCAGUGAUUCGCCCAUCUCUUACCAUGAUGAUGAGGAAGAGGAGGAGGCGGUGGAUGACGGCACUGAAGAGCAGUACAGGCAGAUCUGCAACAUGUACACCAUGUACAGCAUGCUCAACGUGGGUGCUACAGGUGAACGUGUGGAGGCCUUGCCGGACCACUCAGAGACGCGGCCCAGGAUGCGUGGCCGACAGGAUCUCGCCUCUCUCCCCACCGAGCUCAUCGCUCAGAUCGGCAACCGCUGUCACCCCAAACUGUAUGAGGAAGGUGACCCUGCAGAGAAACUGGAGCUAGUUUCAGGCACCAGUGUGUACAUCUCCCGAGCUCAGCUGAUGAACUGUCACGUCAGUGCCGGGACCAGACACAAAGUCCUUCUGAGGAGGCUGCUGGCUGCUUUCUUCGACAGGAGUACUCUGGCCAACAGCUGUGGGACCGGCAUCCGUUCCUCCACCAAUGACCCCAGCCGUAAGCCGCUGGACAGCCGAGUGUUGCACGCAGUCAAGUUUUACUGCCAGAACUUCGCCACCAGCUUUAAGGAGAGCGAGAUGAACGCCAUCGCGGCGGACAUGUGCACUAACGCUCGGCGCGUGGUGAGGAAGAGCUGGAUCCCCAAGCUGAAGCUACUGAUGGCGGAGGGCGAUGCCUACGCCAAUUUCCUCCCCGACAGCAUCAAGAUGGAAGCGGAUGGCCUCAGCGGUGACCCCGCCUUCGAGACGGCGAGCCUGGAGGGCGGAGCUUCCGUUGAGACCGGAGGAUCCUCGGGCGAGUCUCUGCAGGGUGUGGGCGGAGACAACGGUACUUUGUUUCAGUGAGCGACUCGGCGAGGAAAGCCCUGCCCCAUCCCCUCUGCCACCCCGCCUCCUACCCGCCUCCCACCCCGCUGCGUGACUCUGGGCUCUGCUGCUUCUGCCUGGGAUGGGAAAGGGAGAGUCCGGUAGGAGAUUGGAGGAGAUUGCACGGUCUAGCAUCGGGAGGAUCACAAGGGGUUGAUGCCAGGGGCACUAUUUUCUUUUCAAUCAUUUUUGUUUUUUGCUGAAUAACCCUCUUUUGCACAGAAGAUCCCCUUUGCCUUCCUGCUCGGCAAGUAAAUCUAGUCACCGAUGCUAUAGGAAUGCGUAAUUAGGACCAGGAAAGGUUCUUGCGACCGGAGGUCCGAGGUCCCGGACCUCUCUCUACUGAAUUUGAAUGUAUUCAUGAUUUUGUAGCACCUGGCUAUGUCAGACUAGCCGAUUGUAUUUGGCCCAGGAGAGAGACAGGAAAAAUGCCCGUCAUAAGAUCUGAAGGGACAGCAGAUGGAGAAAGUAGUGAGGGAGGAGAGGAGAAAGAGAAGAAGGUUGCAUAUUCCGUCUCUCGUUCUGUCUAAAACGGAAAGAAUCUGAUAUCCUUCUCUGCUUCCAUUCCUCCCAAAAUAUAUGUGGGAUCUUAGUCUGCCACGUUCUUUUGUUUUUUAUGUCGCCGUUUUCUCCUUUCUCCUUCUACUUGUUCCACUGUAUGUGAUUCAGAUGAAUCCAGAGUUGAUGAAAGAUGAUUAAGGACUGUAAAGGAUAAAAAUAUAUUUAUCUGCUCGCACCUUUAGAGCUCGAGAGAGAGGGAUUGUUUUAAAAUCUCGUCUUUGUGUUUUUAUUUUUUUUUUAAAACCUUUUAAAUUUUUUUCUUAAAUGUUUCUCAAAAGACACCUUGUUGUCAGGCUUUAAAUGGAAAUAGUGAGAAAAAAUAAGGACUAUUUUUGCAUAAGGAUUAUCUUGCAUUUCAAAGACUGGUGCUUGGCUUGUAUCUCGAUCACGCUCGUGUCCGAGGCUGAAUUCGAUGUACAGGGGCAGUUUAUCCAGAAAUGUAAAUUCUGACAUCAUUUCCUCACCCUCAUCUCAAACCAAACACAAAAGAAAAGUGUUUGUUUCAUUCAGUGAAAGGCCAGUGGGGUUCAGUCUUGUUUUGGACUCGCUGACUCUCACUGCAUGCACAUGAAAGUGUUCUUUAAGAAUACCUUACAGGUUCGAAAAGACUUGAUGGUGAGCAAAUGAAGGCCGAAUUGGAUAAACUAUCCCUUUAAGAGAAAAGAAGAAUUGUGUAGGACAUAACAACAAAGUGUUUUUAAUCUCUCAAAACCUUUUUAGCUUCCCCCAUCAUCGCACACAAACACGCUUUUACAGCCCGGGGGGAAGGGAGGUUGUGCUUCUCAUUGUUAGUCACUUUACUGUCUUAAGGUAGUGACUUUGUGUGUGUUUGGGAGCGGAGGAGGGUUUCCAUCGCCUGUGUCCCAGGAGAGGAGGAGUCGGAGUGAUUAAGUCUCUUCAUGUUGCCCAUGUCCCUGUUUGGGCAGCUGUGUGUGUGUGUGUGUGUGUGUGUGUGUCUGUGCUCGCUUAGGCAAGCAUGUCUGUGUCCGCACAAGUCACCAUCUGUAUACAUUCCUUGCACAUAGUUGGCACUGUGUGUUUGCAUGUGGGUGAUGUGUUGAGUCGGGGAUUUAGGGUAUGCUUGUUUCAGCGUUUAUGUGCCCGAGGCGUCUCAAAUGGAUGCUUUUAAGGAAAUUCGGCCGUCUGAAAGUUUGCCGUAAGCCGUGAACUUUUUCAUAUCCUGGAUUUCCAUCGGGAUUUGAAUGGGAUUUCAUGUGAUGUCUUAAUGUGUGCUCAGGCAUGGGGUUUAAACACGCAUGCCUCACGAAAACAGAAAUCCAAUAUUGUAGGCUAUUUCAUACCAGAGUUAUUAGGCACUGCGUGUUGGUAUAAAUCAUGUUUUAUUUUCACGCGUCUGAUCUCCUGGGACACAUACAGUAGCCGCCCCCUUUCUGACAGAGGAAGUGGACCUCUUUGCACCUUUUCGUAGACUGAACUAGAGCUUUUUGCACCUUUUUUGUAGAGGAGAGUGGUGGAUUGUGCACCUUUUUUGUAGAGUGUAAUCGAUGGUUUUUGGACUAAACUUCAUGGAUGUGUAUGUGUCGGUGUCUGGCCCGGACCAGAAUGCACCCCUGCGUCUGUGGCCAGCCGUGCAGAAUACUGAUGUAAAUAUCAAAGAGACUAUUGAACAGAUUUUGACCACGUUUUGAACAGGUCACUCGUCUUUUUAAUUGAUGGCUUACAUUAGGUCUUUCACCCCUCUUGUUUUAGCUCAUGUUAUUAUUUCUUUUAGUUGCAUAACCAAGUCUGGCUUCUGCUGUGUUUGUAUAUCUGGAAAUUGUAGUUGUUGUGUUUUUUUUUUUUUUUCUCUGGCUUAAGCGUCGUAGCAAAUAAAGUGAACUCCUGGCAAGUUUACUACUUAACUGCAGUCUGGUUCAGGUCUGACCGGUGACCUCGUUUCUUUUUCUAUCCUUUGGACCAGAAAACAAUAAUGCCUCUUGUUUAGAAGUGUACAGCAUUCGAGUAGCCUGCGAAAUCAACAUCUGGGAACGUGCAAGCAUCCAUUUCCUUCUCCCGUUUUAUUCCUCCAUUCUUUUAGCAGACCACGUGUACUGUAUUUACUUUUCAACAACUACUAAUUCAAGGUGAAAGAGUUGACUUGCCAAGUUUUUUAAAGAUACUAUAUAGAGUUGUUUGACUGAUGAUAGAGUACGGAGUGUUUUUUUUUUUUCUCCAUUUCUUUUUAUCGACUAAAGUGGUGGGGGGUUAUGGUGAGGGAUGUACUGGUGCUAUGUGUGCUAUUCUUUAGAUGUUAAAGGUCUGCUGGGUCACUGGUGCCUUUCAGGAGGACUGCGGGAGACGAACUGCGUGUGUAUCUGGGUGGGGCACGGAGCAGCAGUGCUCCUCUCUCUCUCUCUCUCUCUCUCUCUCUUUCUUUCUCUCUCGCCAGCUAUGACUGUGCCAGUGUUUAUGCGUCCUCCAUUUUGAUGGCACAGAUCACAUAUGCUGCAUGCGUCGCUGGAGAGGAACCGCUGUGUCCGUGCGCCACCCGCUGUCUGUGUGCUGUUACUGCAGCUUAGAUUUACUACUUACAGUCAACACCAGGGGGUGUCACGCCUGAGAAAGAUGACUCUUGACGGCCACAAAAAAUGGCCUAUCUCUUACAAGGAAGUUGAAGGUGACGUGUAAUUAU